AUGCCUAGCAUUCUGCAAUUUCAUGCUGGCCAUAUAGGACAGCAAGCCCAUUGUCCUACAUUCAACCUGGAAGCUGGUGUUGCUAAUUUGUUUUACUAUUUGCUUACCUCUUUAGAACACAGUUGCACAGAAACACAAAGGUGGAACGUUGCAGCUUGUUCCUUUUACACGUGUGUUACAGCCACACAUUUCAUCACUCUUUCCAUCUUUGUUUCCUUCCUUCUCCCUGAACUUUCAGCAAAUCUGGUUUUGCACCAAACAGUGGAGCGCAUUCAUGUGGGCAAAAAGUAUGGUGACAUCCCUCGUGGCAUCUUCGUAGUCAGAGGCGAAAAUGUUGUCCUCCUGGGAGAAAUUGACCUGGAAAAGGAAAGUGACACCCCUUUGCAGCAAGUCUCGAUAGAGGAAAUCUUGGAAGUUCAACGGGUAGAGCAGCAAACGAAGCAAGAAUCAGACAAGUUAAAAAUGCAAGCGCUGAAGGAGCGGGGCCUCUCCAUUCCAAAGGCUGAUACAUUAGACGAAUACUAAGUAUUUACCUGAACUGUCUCCCAAAGAUUGAGGAGACUGUGCACUGAA